AUCUUUAAUUGCUGUAAAGCGCCGGCGACUUGUAGAUUAAAAAGGCUAGAACCCUGAUGGAUGCGGUAAUAAUUGGCCGACUUCGGUACCUAUACAACGAAUUCUCCAAUAGAAAAUCCCCCGCUACCCAUAGGUACUCGAUCCCCUAUAAACCGCCUCUCCGUCAGUAACUCCGGACCACUUUAGCGUAAGCAGAAAGGAACUAACCACCCCGUCAUCACCCCGCUAUUAGUGCGAGUGAGGGAAAGAAGAUUUUACUUAAGAGGCACCCCACCAAUGCUCCAAUUGGAGCCAACGGGGAAAAUUUAUCUAAUUCAAUUCUUUUCUCUUCCUUCUUCCUACCUUUUUAUACCUUCCGUACUCCUCUAUUCUCUUCUCAUACGAAAAGUUUUCAAGAGUACCUCGUACAACCCUCAAACAAUAGUCAAGCAAUUCUUCUUCUCCCCAAUUCCUUCACGAUGGCUGCCAACGGUACCACGUACGCCCUCUCGCAAGAGCACAAGGAUCUGCUCGAGAGGUCUCUUCUCGAAUCCGACCCUGAGGUCGCCGAGAUUAUGAAAAAAGAAAUUCAGCGACAACGAGAGUCCAUCAUCCUAAUUGCCUCGGAAAAUGUCACCUCCCGUGCCGUAUUCGACGCCCUAGGUUCCCCUAUGUCCAACAAAUACUCCGAAGGUUACCCCGGUGCUCGUUACUAUGGUGGAAACCAACACAUCGACCAGAUUGAGCUUCUUUGCCAGAGGCGUGCUCUCCAAACUUUCCACCUCGACCCCGAACAAUGGGGUGUCAACGUCCAAUGUCUCAGCGGUAGCCCUGCCAACUUGCAGGUUUACCAGGCUAUCAUGCCGCCUGGUGGCCGAUUGAUGGGUUUAGAUCUCCCUCACGGUGGUCAUUUAAGUCACGGAUACCAAACUCCCUCAAGGAAGAUCUCAGCUGUAUCAACCUACUUUGAGACUAUGCCUUACCGAGUAGACCUGAACACUGGUAUCAUUGACUAUGACAGACUUGAGGAGAACGCCCAACUGUUCCGUCCUAAGGUUCUAGUUGCUGGUACUUCUGCAUACUGCCGAGAGAUUGACUAUGCGCGCAUGAGGAAGAUCGCUGACUCGGUCGGCGCGUACCUCGUCGUCGAUAUGGCUCACAUCUCUGGUCUCAUUGCCGCCGAGGUCAUCAAGUCUCCUUUCCCCCACGCUGACAUUGUCACUACCACAACACACAAGUCCCUCCGUGGUCCCCGUGGUGCUAUGAUCUUCUUCCGAAAAGGUGUUCGCAGCACCGACCCUAAGACUGGCAAGCAGACCCUUUACGACCUAGAGCCUGCCAUUAACUUCUCGGUCUUCCCUGGUCACCAGGGCGGUCCCCACAACCACACCAUCACCGCCCUUACCGUUGCUCUAAAGCAAGCUCAGACUCCCGAGUUCAAGGCUUACCAAGAGAAGGUUGUCUCCAACGCCAAGACAUUAGAAAACAAGUUCAAGGAACUUGGCUACAAGCUCGUGUCUGAUGGUACCGACUCACACAUGGUUCUCCUUGACUUAAGACCCCAGGCCGUGGAUGGCGCGCGUAUCGAGGCUGUCCUUGAACAGAUUAACAUCGCCUGCAACAAGAACGCUACCCCUGGCGACAAGUCUGCACUUACGCCUUUUGGUAUUCGUAUCGGUACUCCUGCUAUGACCUCUCGUGGCUUCGGCGAGCAGGAUUUCGAGCGUGUUGCUAGCUACAUCGACGAGAGCAUCAAGAUCGUCAAGGAGAUCCAAGCUAGCCUACCGAAGGAGGCUAACAAGCUAAAGGACUUCAGAGCCAAGCUUGCUGAGGGCAACAACUCCAGAAUCAGUGAGCUACGGAAGGAAAUUUCUGCCUGGUCCCAGACCUUCCCUCUUCCCGUUGAGGGUUGGCGACUAGAUGCAGGCAUCUAAAUUAACAUGUACGAACGAACGAUGACGAGAUUUAAGGGGAUUUAUUGUUCAACAUAUAGAAACAAAGGCGAGAGAGGGGCAACUCAACUUUUCUCUGGUUUGUGGAAAUGGGCUUAGGUUUCAUUCUGGAAAAAUAACGGAAUGACAAAAAAAGCGGGCACAAUUGCAUGCAUUCAUCAGGCGUUGCAAAUUUAUCAUAAGAGCCUCUGGAGUUCGGUAUUAAAGCUCUAAGGGCCUGGGGUCAUCGGCGGCACCGCUUCAACGCGGUAGAUUAUAGGGUAUUGAUAUCCAAUCCAUUUCCGGUGUUGUGCUUUUUCUCGUGUUAUACAUAAUCAAUUCAGAAUGCCUGGCAUACCCAUAUCUAGGCAAUUCUCAAUGGAAUAUCCGUUGCAACUUUGAUGCAAUCCUGGCAUUUGGAUAAUUCCUACUAUUUAUGAU